AUGGCAAAGGCAAAACAGCUUGAACUACGACUGCCGCAAUCCGACAUUGAGCUGGAAUGGAAGAGCAUAAAAGAUGGUAUAUUGGAAGCGGCAAAGGAAACGAUAGGAGAAAAACAGAGAGUCCGACCUGAAGAGUGGUAUGACGAAGAAUGUCGAGAAGCCUUAGAGCGGAAGAAUGCGGCUCGAUUAAUUUACCUGCAGUCAAAGUCUUCGACGCACAAGGAAAAAUUCAAGGAAGAGAGGGAUAAAGCGCGUAGGCUUCUGAAGCGCAAGAAAAAGGCGAGUGAGGUAAGGCAGAUGCAAGCACUCGAUGAUGCGGGAACUAGGGGUUCGGUAAGAGCCUUCUUCAAAAAAGUCAAUCCUUUGCGUAAGGGAUUCCAACCCAGAAUUAAUAUCUGUCGUGACGGGGAAGGCAAUGCAUUAACCGACAAAACCGAGAUCUUAAAGCGAUGGCGGGAGUAUUUCGACAAUCUGCUUAAUGUGGGCAGUGAAGCUGCAGACCGCAUUACAUUUUAUGACGUGGAGCAGGAAAUUAACCCACCAACCGUUACGGACGUCGAGAAAUGCAUUAAAUACCUUAAAAACAACAAAGCAUCGGAUUUCAAGCAGGCCUUCGAUAGCGUGAACAGACAUAAGAUCUUUGAUGCAAUGAGGUUACUGGGAAUCCCAAGUAAACUAGUGCGCCUGGUUGAGGCUACUAUGUGUAACUCGAAAUCGGUAGUAGCUAUACAAAAUGACAUAUCGGACCCAUUCGAAAUACGCUCAGGAGUAAGGCAAGGAGAUGCCCUAUCUACUGUUGUCUUCAACCUUACGCUGGAGGCAGCCAUCCGAAACGUAGGAGUAAAAGGGCUUUUAGACUAUAACAAGAGUCAGCUAGCCGCCUAUGCGGAUGAUAUCGUUAUCACAAGCAGGUCUCAAAGCAGCAUGAUCAGACACACCACAACUCUCCAGAUGGAAGCGGCAAAGUAUGGAUUGAUGGUUAACGCAAGCAAAACGAAGUACCUUCAUAGCACGCGCAACCCUCGUCCACUACAGGAUGUCACCAUUGGAGAUGAUACAAUUGAAUGA